AUGGUGAAAACCCGUGAAAUUAACCUCUGGAAUGCAUAUCUACACAUGUGCCUGAAGCAGAUUAACAAAAAGACUCCCGAGGGCGGUUCUCGACACAAGCCCACAGAGCUCACAGCCAUGCUAAAGGCCGAGUGGGACCAGAAGACACCAGACGAGAAGAACGAGUGCACGCGAGAGGCAAGAGAGAAGCUAAAGGAGCAGCGCGAGACGAAGAAGGCAGGAGGUCAUAACGUUCCACUUAGCGUGUUCCACAAUGUACAUGCGACCAUCGCAAUGAUCGAACGUGAGAUGAGCUUCAGCGUCGAGCUGGGAGACUGGGUGCAAAAUCUUGAGUGUUACAAGCUCGGAAAGGUACCAGGGGUGAAAGAGAAGACUGAGGCCAAUCAGGCUGAGCUCAGAAAGCACAUUGCGGCGAUCAUUUUGAGCAACCUGCAAGAAGCUGCGCGUCCGCACACUGUUGAAAAAAUGAACUACCUGAGUUUUGACUCUGCCAUCACACUCAGGUAUGGUGUCAUCUGUGAGCAUCACCUGCUGAACUAUUUUUGUGGUCCCGGCAGUAUUACCACUGUCCCCACUCUUCGUGUGCUCUUCAACAGCUGGCAUAGCAGAACAACACGGUUCCGCUGUCUCUCGCAAGCCAAAUACGACGCCUGGGUAAAGGAGUAUGAAGCUCAAAGUCAUGCGGGAUCAAUUCCGGCAGCCCCCGUCUCUGUUUCUUCGGCCAUGGCACCAGUACCUCCACUCCCUAUGGGGGUGUUCCGCAGUGUCUUCGCACUGCAGUUGACGCUGGCACUUCAGUCUGCCGCUGCGCAGCCUCAGGUUGUGUUGCCGCAACCUGCUGCGCUCUCUAUAUCUCUGCAGCCCGCCGCUGCUCAGCCUGAGAUUACCAUCACACAGCCUGUCAUACAACCCACAGCGCAACCCGAGGGCACCAUUGUGCAGCUCGAGUCUGCUGUCGUGCAACCAACCGUCACGUUCACGCAGUCCGCCGGCAUCGUCAUGUCGCUGGCACUUGCGUUACAUGGUGCACCUUCGGCUUUCACAUUUGUUCCUACUGUCGUCACUAAUCCGGCCACUGUUCAAGCUCUGGUUCCGACUGCAGCAACGACAUGUACACACGCGACGGCGUUUGGCGACGAUGGUGCCAGUGCAUUAGCACUCACUAAGCAAAAGCGUCGAGAUGCAGGUGUCAAGCGCGGUCCAAAUAUCCGGACAUUGUGGAAGCAGCAAGCUCAGGUGGCAUCCCAGGCCUCAUAG